ACUAAGUUUUUUAUCCUUUCAUUGAAGUGACUGACACGUCCCACAAACCUUUACCUGCUUUCUUGUUGGCAAACAGAAAAUACAAGCUUGAUGAAGCCUCGACAUACAGGGAGAAGCAUCCAAAUAAGAAGCUAAAUGCUUAAACCUGUAACCCACCGCAGGUUUGAAGAUUCUGUCCAACUGAACUGAGACUGAAGUCUUUAACUGAAAGAUAAACUGGCAGAUGUUAAGAGUCCGAGAUGAUCAAAUGAAAAGAGAUCACGCUUGAAAGAAAGAGACGGAGAACAGAAGAGAAUAUCAACAUGGCCAGCAGAGACGGCAUAGGUGCAAACAGAGACGGUUAUGAAAACGAUGUGGUGAAGAACGAGGUGAAGAUCUGCCCUGAAACAGAUAAUUCAGUUCUGAGAGAAAACAAGGAUGCUGGAACUGCAGGAGUCAAUGCAGAUCAAGAUAAAAUAAUGCAACUAUUUCACAGAAUACAUCUGGAAGACAGGUGCCUAAAUAAACUAAGAGCUGCAGAUGUUCUUCAGAUAACUGAACAUUCAUUACAGUCCCAAGAGUCUUGUGCUGAAGAGAAACUGAGUCAGACUUUCAUACAAAAACUACUGAUGAUGGACUACAGAGCAAGAUACAUCAGUGUUAAAGAGAACAAUGAACAGGAUCAAAUACAACAAGGAGAUACUGACUCAUCUGAAGAUGAGGCUGAUAUUUUGGACUGUUUUCUUCUCAACACAACCUCUUUAUCAAACACUGGACCCAGUCAGUCUGAUCGCAUUCACCCGAUGGAUGUUCAGAUGGCUGUGUUUCAUUGUGCUGAUGGUUUCCUGAAGCAGUUGAUGGUCACUAAACUGUCCCAGUGUCAGUACGCUCUGCCUCUGCUUGUUCCUGAUCCAUUCACACAACAGAUUGAGUUUCCUCUCUGGACAUUCAGACAAAUCAACAAGAGCUGGAUUAUGAGAAACAACAACAAUGAGAUCAUCAGUCAAACCCAGCCGGUCUACAAGGCAGAAACUCCAAUGGUGUGUUUCUUCAGGUUUGGCUCUGCGUCUUCAUCCAAGUCUCAUCUGAUGAACAGUCUGAUCAAUGAGAAACACAACACGUUCUUCCACAGGAACUGUCCAGGCAGCAGCAGAACCAGAGUCCUGAUGGAUGGAGUGGUGGAGAUCGCCUGGUUCUGCCCCUCUGGGAAAAAAACAGAUAAAUUCACGGACUGUGUUGUGUUCUGUAAUCUACACGGUGAUGCAGGAGACCAUGAGAAACAGCUGCAGAUCCUCACUGAAAUGGCCUCAGUCAAUGUUGUUCUUCUACCACAACCUCAGAAAAGUGCAGAAAAGAUCCAGAACCUGAUCAGAAUAAAAAAGCCACUUAUUUGUCUCUUUACAGAGGAUGAUUUUACUUUAGUGAAGAUGAAGAAAGGGAAAUUCAAGAUUGGCCUGAAAGACAGAAAUCAGUCAGAUGUUUCUGAAGAACUCAGAAGAGCCAUAAAUGAUUGUCUCUCAGAAUCAUCUUCAACUUUCAGACUUGAAGAUUUGUCCAAACACUCAGACAUCAGACUAAAUGAGGAAGUUGAUGAAGACUGCAGGAGAGGAAGAGAAGCAGCACAGCAGAUGAUGAGUUUACUGAAGGAUAAAGAUCUGACAGAAAUCAAAGACUCAUUUCUGCCUCAUCAGGGGAAACUGUGGCAUCAGUGGAGUCAGAAGAACAAAGAACUACAUCGACCUCAAGGAGAAAAGAUAGAAAUGGAAAUAAGUAGAAUAAAAACAGAAAUGAAGAAAAUACGUAAACAACAGUAUGAAUCCGACAUCAGUGAGUUUAUGACUCAUUUCCAUAAAACAAUGAACUCAGAUAUUGAACGUGAAAGGAUGUUUUUUCUCAAAUGGCUCAGAGUCUUGCUGGAUGAACACACAUCUGCUGAUCUAUCUGCUCUUCAUCAUAAAUAUGAUAAAAAAUGGUCAUCAGUUUUAAAACUGAAAGAGAACAAUGAAAAAUCUGAACACCUCACAACUGAACAAGCAGAACUUGAGAGAAUAUCUGAGGAUCUUCAAGCUGCAUCCUUUGGUCUGGAGCACAUCAUGAGGGAGAUCGGUCAGAUCUAUGAAUCAUGUUCAUCAAUGGAGAAGAACAAGAAAGAUCUGCAGGUUCACUUCUCUUCUCUCCCGAGUCUCGCAGCAGAGAUGAUGAUCUCUGGAUUUCCACUGGAGCUGAUGGAUGGAGAUGCUGCUCAUGUUCCUGUGAUCUGGAUCUCUGCUGUUAUAGAUGAACUCAUCCAGAAACUGGGAGACCAAAGAGUCUUUGUGCUGUCAGUUUUAGGGCUUCAGAGCUCUGGGAAAUCCACCAUGCUGAACGCCAUGUUUGGACUCCAGUUUGCCGUCAGUGCUGGCAGGUGCACCAGAGGAGCUUUCAUGCAGCUGGUCAAAGUCUCAGACGAGAUGAAGACACAGAUGAACUUUGACUAUAUUCUGGUUGUUGAUACUGAGGGUCUUCGUGCUCUAGAACUGGCUGGAAGAUCAACAAGACAUCAUGACAAUGAAUUGGCCACAUUUGUUGUUGGUCUUGGAAAUCUGACCUUGAUCAACAUCUUUGGAGAAAACCUGUCUGAGAUGCAGGACAUUCUUCAGAUUGUUGUUCAGGCCUUCCUGAGGAUGAAGAAGGUCAGACUGAAUCCCAGCUGUGUGUUUGUGCAUCAGAACGUCUCAGACGUCACAGCUGAAGAGAAAAACAUGGAGGGAAGGAGACGACUGCUGGAGAAACUGGAUGAGAUGACAGAGCUUGUUGCUAAAGAGGAAGACUGUGAUGCAGAAUGUUUCAGUGAUUUCAUUAGAUUUGAUGUACAGAAUGAUGUGAAGUAUUUUGCUCAGCUCUGGGAGGGAAGCCCACCGAUGGCACCACCAAACCCAAAUUACUGCGAGAACAUUCAAGAGCUAAAGAAAACUAUAAUGUCUCAUGCCUCAAAUUCACAUGUGAUGAUGCUGAAAGACUUAAAAACUCAUAUUAAAGAUCUCUGGGAGGCUUUACUGGAUGAACAAUUUGUCUUCAGCUUCAGAAAUUCUCUGGAGAUUUCAGCCUACAGGAAACUGGAGACCGAAUACAGCAAGUGGACCUGGAGUCUUCGCAGCGCCAUGAUGGAAACUGAGAACAAACUACAUAUCCAAAUAGAAAAUGAAGCAAUUCAUGAGGUUGAAGAAACUGGUCUGCAAGAAGAACUGAAGAAGACAAAAGAAAAAGUGGAAAAAUCAAUGUUCGGAUUCUUUGAGAAAGACAAAGAUAAAGAUAUACUGAUUCAAUGGAAAACAUCAUUUGAAAUUAAAAUCAAUGAUCUUCAGGAAAACAUUGUGAAAGAAACAAAGAGGAAAUUAAAUGAGGUUCUUCAGCAGCGAGACCUGAAGAAAAAGAUUGAUGCUCAGAGGACACAUCAUGAGAACGCUCUCUAUGAAAAGAGCAAAGAACUUGCCUUAAAACUGAAAGAUAAAGCAAAUGAUGAAGAAACACUGAAUAAAGAGUUUGACCUGUUUUGGAAACAGUGUGUGAAGAAGAUCAAGUCAGAGACUCCUGCAAUCAAAGAGAUUGAUAUAAUGAGAGAUGUGAGAGAGAUCCUCAGUGACACCAAUAAAAGUGUUUCUGUAGACCACUGGAAUGAGAGCAGUGAGUGCAGGGAUAUCUUCUCUGUAUCCAGUUAUGCAGACUAUCUACAGUUAAAGAAAACCAGUGGAUUUAAAGAAAGUUCCCACAGAGUAGCAAAAGAUAUGUUUGGUUUUGCUCUACCUAAAGAGUAUGACACCCAAGUGAAAACAUUUGUCACAGAUGUUGAUCAGCAAACAGAAAAAAUUAUUCAGCCAUAUAACAUUUCAAAGAUGGGCUACAACAAGAGCUGCAUUCAAGAACUCAUAGAUUAUAUCAAGAGAAGAUUAACUGAACAUCAGGACGGACCAGGUCUAUAUGUGUUCAAAAAUGAAUUCUUCAUGGAUUUGGUUCUUUCCAUCUGUAAGAGAGCAAACACGAUUAUCACUGACCAACACAAAUUGUUCAAGGAAGCCAAUGAUCCUGUAACAUAUGUUGAGAAGAAGAGAGAAGAGUACUAUAGUAUUUUCCAGAAAUACUGUCAUGGAUCAACAUCAGCUGCAAUUUUUGGUGAGAUCAUCUGUCAGAAACUGAAAGAGUCCAUUGAGAAGAGUGUCUACAAGAAGAUUGCCAGAGAUCUGGCUGAUGAAAUGACAACAAACUGUAGAUCACUGAAUGCAAACAGAUCAAAACUGGAGAAACACAUCCUGAAGACACUGGCAGAAGAGGAGGAUUUUGGCAAAUACAUGAACUACAUUGAUAAACCCAGAGAUCACUUCAAGAGUUUCAUCAGAGAUGAAGUCAGUCGGUACAUCGAUGAUAAGUUCAGUGUCAGUGUUUUACCCAAGAUGGAGAAGAACAUUAAACUCCUGCAGCAGAAGAUCAUGGAAGCUGCACAUGAAUCUACUGAACAUGUUCAAGAGAAUAAAGGAGAUGUUGGUUUGUGGUUGAAGAGUUUCACACAGCGGCUCUCAGGUGAGCUGAUCUUCUCUGUAAAAGACCUCAGUGGAGUCAAACAUGAUGAUGUUGAUGUGAAACUCCUAGAAGAUGUGAUAAAGAAAGAACUUCCUGCUAUAAUAUCGGACAUCAGCAGAGGAUUCACAAAGACUUUUCCAGUAAAGCUGGAUGAUGAAGAAAGACCAGAUGAGCUUCUGAUUGGUCACUUCUGUCAGUGCUGUUGGGUUCAGUGUCCGUUCUGUGGAGCCGUCUGCACCAACACCGUACCAAACCAUGAUGGAGAUCACAGCGUUCCUUUGCACAGAGUGACAGGUCUCAAAGGCUUCCAUUAUAGAAAUGGAAAUCUCAGUGCAGAUUUUUGCACAACUUUAGUGGCAAGUAAAAACAGAUUUAAUGUAUCAAAUGAGUGGGUUUCUCAUAAAAAACACAAAAAAGCAGGAGGAGUCUAUGCAGACUGGAGAAUCACCCCUGACCUCUCUCAGCUGCCUUACUGGAAGUGGUUUGUGUGCCGAUUCCAGAAAGACAUAGAAAAUCACCACAAUAAAACAUUUGAGGGAAGUGGAAAGAUUCCACAAGAAUGGAGAAAAUGCACAAAACAGGAUGCUAUUGAGAGUUUGGAUGAAGGCUUUAAAAUGGAGCAGAUAUACUGCAAGUCUGCACUAGCUACUGUGAUUCCUUUAUAGUUAUUUGCGGAAGUACAAGACUGUAAAAUACAGAAAUUGUGUGUAGGGUAUAUGAUCCAUUUGAAAUAGCCUACUUAAUCUAAAAAUCAAGUGAAAUCCCAUUGACGAUUCUGUUUAGAAAUCUACAUGCAAUGUGCUUACCUUGAUUAUGAUCAAAUUCCCCGCUUAGGGGACUUAUGGGAGAUUAUUAUUAUUUCAGAGGGGAAUGAGUUUGUGUGUGGGAUUUGGGUCAUUUAUAGACAUGUAUAAAUAUUAUUUAUAAUUAUCUAACCUAAAUGUUUGCUCUGUCAGUUUAUUUGUUUUUACAAUGAUACAUUUUUUCUAAAUUUAUGUGAAUGCUCAGCAAGAUGGAAUUUUAGACAUUAUCUGUGCAUGCAAUAGAGAAAAGCUCAGUGCAUGCAGGGGGUGUGGCCUCAAUAGCCCUGUAGUAAGUAGUGUGUGUGCAAGUGAUUGAGGAGGGUAGCAAUUCAACUUAAAAUUCAUUACAUUUGGUUUUUUUAGCCAAGAAUAUGCUAAACAAUUUUUUUUCCAAGUACAUUUAGGUUUCCUGUUUUCCCAUUGAAAUAUUCCAGCCUGGGACAUUCCCAGAAUUUUGCAACCCUAGUACAGAAUUAUCCAAAAAAGAUGGGCUGUAAUUAAAGCAAAAGGUGGCUUAAAGUAUUACAUCAGGGGACUUAUGACUUUUCCAUCCCUGUUAUUCUAGUAUUUCAUGGAUUUUUCAAAAUGGAUUCAGAACUUUUGCCAUUUUUACUUUCAUUUGAUGAAGGCAACAUUUGUAUAUAAAGGUGGAAAAGUUAUUUUUUAUAAUAGGUUUUGAUUUCAGGCUGUAUGACAAAUAAACUAACACUUUUAAAGGGG